AUGAUUGAGAAUUCAGGCAAAAAGAUAAGUACGAAAUACCCAGACGGACGUCCGUACACAGGAGAGGACACGGAAUCCAAUAGAUACGACCUGACACAAUUGUACAAGUACCCGGAUGGAAGCGAAGAGUCUGAGAUCGUGAUGAGAAAUGCCUUACGUAGUAUGAAGGUACAACGUCAGUCAGAGAAAGCCGAGAUUGCCAGACAGGAUAUCGUAUUGGACAUUGUUUCGGACCGUGCGGAAAUGGUUGGCUCGGACGUGUAUUUUACUAUAAAACUAACCAAUAUCAGUAGGGAGUAUAACGAGCUGACCAUUGGUCAUUUGGUCAUUAAUGUGACCACUCACGUGUACACGGGUGGGGACGCCACACCGCUGAAGAAGGUUGUUUACAGCAGCCUUCAUCUCAAAUACCGACAGGUAUUGAGUUACCAGUUACGCGUUUCACCAGCAGACUACGACCUCAGUCUGAAACCACUUUUGAUAUUUGAGGUCGAGGCCACUGCCAAUGUGAAAGAGACAGGUGGUAUUGUAGUAGCCACCCUGGACUACAGCCUAACAUCACCUACCGUCGUCAUACAGACACAGAGUCACUGUAAGGUGAAUGAGCCGACGGAUGUCCAUUUGAUACUUCGGAAUCCCUUCCAUGACACGUGGUUGACGUUCUGUGUGGUAUCUAUAGAAGGAAAUCUGAUCGGAACACCUCCACCCAUACCACAGCCGAACGUAAAACCACGUGAUCGGUGGCACAUGACAGUUCCAGUGACGGCGAAAAAGUCCGGCAAUGGCACCAUAUUUGUGUCAUUCGGGUGUAAAGAAAUACCAGGCAUACACGGGGUGACGAAACUUCAGGCGUAUGAUUGACACUGUAACGCAUUUACAGGUGUAUGAAUGACACUUUAACGCAUUUACAGGUGUAUGAAUGACACUUUAACGCAUUUACAGGUGUAUGAAUGACACUUUAACGCAUUUACAGGUGUAUGAAUGACACUGUAAUGAUUAACAGGUGUAUGACUGACACUGUAACGGAUUUACAGGUGUAUGACUGACAUGCGAUGUUAGGAAUUUACAGAUGUAAAACUGACACAUGUGUAACGCAAUGACAGGCAUGUGUGACAAUCGAUGUGUAAGGAAAUGAUAAGGUUAUCCUCGUUACUAUUUAUACUUGGCACGUUGUUUUACACAUAUAACCCCGUGUUACAUUUGUCAAACACCAUCACGAUGUCACCAAACUGCAAGUGUAUGAGUGCCAUUCGAAUUAUAUCUAUUUUGGAAAGAAAAGGUAUGUCGAGUCAGUGUGAUUUGCUGGUGAAAAUUUGAAGUCCUUCACAUUUGCAUUACCUAGACUGCCAUGUUAAAUUCAUACAUAUUUAAAAGUUGCAUCAGUUCAGAAUAAACAGGUAUAUUUCAUGUUCUUAUAAUCUAGCAUCAAUAAAUACUUAAUUCGAUAAGUUAUUGGACUAGUGUUUCUCUUCCUAUAUAUUUGAAUAUUUGUAUUUGCAAUAGCUUAGUCGGUUAGCGCGCCAUGUAGCCGCAGUCACGUAGCCUCAUGUGAAAAUCGGAGGUGCGUAGUUCGGCGCUCUUUAUCCGUGUCGAUUUGUGUUGAUCGGGAAGCUGAGAAACGGACCGGUCUGUGUUGUUGUAGUUGUGCCAUCGGGGAAGACACUUUACCCGUAUUGCUCUGAAUGGCAUGCAGCGGGUCUCCUGUGUGUUUUGCAGUGAGGUAGUCACCAACUACUACAAUGAACCCCGCCUCAAAAUGACACCUGCUGUUUACUGGGCGAUAAACACAGAAAACACGCUAUUCUCAAUCACUGAUGUAGGUAUAUAUACACAUGUAUUAUUAAAGUGAUAUUCAAAU